AUUGAUUAUUGAAAAAAUAAUGGAAGAUAACCAUAUUAAAAAAAGAUAUGUGCAUAUCCUUUUCCCAAUCAUUAAUACCUAUAUUUGAGAGGUGGUAAUAAAAAUAAUAUCCCAAAAUUUAUUUUUAGAAAAAUGACAGGUUGUAAACUAAUAUAAUAAUUAAAUGAAAAUGUAACAGCUAAAAUAUAAUAAUUAUAUACCUCUUAUUGACAAAAUGUGUAAACCAUUAUUUACUCCUAGAAUGGUAAUUUAUAAUUGUAUUUCUAAUAAUAAAAAUAGGAAAAAAAUAUUUACUUAUAAAACUCCAAACAUAUUUUGUAAAAUUUAGUCUAUAAAUACAAAUACCUAUUAUCACUAAUACAAUCAAUUCACCUUUUUUUUUUUUUUCCAAUCAAUUCACCUUUGUCAAAACAUCUAGAAAAUGGCGAGAAAGAAUCUUGGCCGUAGAAAAAUAGAGAUUGUGAAAAUGACCAACGAAUCAAACCUUCAAGUUACAUUUUCAAAGAGAAGAUCUGGUCUUUUUAAGAAAGCCAGUGAACUUUGCACGUUAUGUGAUGCAGAAAUUGCGAUUAUCGUCUUUUCACCAUCUGGAAAAGUAUACUCUUUUGGUCAUCCAAAUGUUAAUGUUUUACUUGAUCAAUUUUCAGAACGUGUUCUAAGACAAAACAACACAAACCUUGAUGAAAGCCACACAAAGCUCCAUAUUCAGAUGCUCAAUGAGUCCUUAACUGAGGCGAUGGCUGAAAAAGAAAAAGAACAAAGGAAAAAGGAGUGGCUAGUCCAAAAUGAAAGAGAAAUCAAGAACGUUGAGGAGUGGUGGACAAACUCUCUAAAAGAACUCAACCUAACUCAAUUAACUUCCAUGAAACAUGCUCUUGAAGAUUUGAAGAAGGAAGUUAAUGAGAGAGCCUCUCUGUUUCAUCAAUCAAACUCAAACUUCUACGUAGGAAGUUCUAGCAAUGCUGCUGCUCCAGAGGCUGUGAAUGGUGGUAAUAUCUCCAUAAACCAGGGUUUCUUUACUCAAAAUGGAAUGCCUACUCAUGUUCAAACUCUGCCGUUUGGAUUUAAUGUUAUGAAUCGCACACCAACGGGGUACAACAAUUGCCAAAUCCAAAACCAGGAGUUCAAACAAGUUCAUCCUUAUUAUGGGCCUCGUUACUAUUAGAUUAUCUCUCUCCUUAUGUCUCCAAAAGUUUGUUGUUGUCUUUUUUCUUUUCUUUGUUGUUGGUGUUGUCUGACUUUUAAUUAAGUCUCAAUUGGUUUGUUGUUUCUUUUCGU